AAGCAGGAGUUAUUUAAGAAAGUGUGUGAAGGAUUUGACGCAUGCGCACUAAUAACUACUGGRCUAACAGACGUCUCCAGCUGUUUUUAGCUUUGUAGUGGUUUUGUCCUUGUCAAUGAACGUGAAACUUGUAAAUACAUUAAAAAUAUAUAUUAACCGUAACUCAACAACUUACUUAAAUCCCAAAACAAGCGGACGCUUUUGAGUCUUUAAACAUGGCCGCCAUUAUCCACAACAUAAACUUCGGUGCCCGGUGACACUUUUCUGUUUUAAUGAACGGGAAACACAACCGGCGCGAGCUACCGUCACCAUAGCGACGGUGGGCGGGGCGGGGAACGAGCACGUCAAUUUCGACGAAGCCAAACCGCAAAAUUGCUGUUUAGAUUUCAAAAUAAAAGCCGCUGAACGAAUGCUCACGUGCGCUUUUUACUGUUUUGAAAAUUCAUGAAAAGGUAGCUUAAUUAUAUUGCUGAUUUACUAGUGUAAAAAAUAAUAAAAAUACCAAACUAGGCGCUACAUCGACCUGUAGGAAAACGYUCAAGUUUUAUUUUGAAAGUCAGCAAGGCCACGUUAAUAUAAGCACUUCACAGACUACUUUAGGGAACUUUGCUGGACAUUCCUAUCCCAUGUUUGAGUUUCAGGGCUCAUUUAUCAGCUGCAUGGCAGGAUGCUCGCUUUUCACCCUGAUCACCCUGCGGUUCGGAGUUUGGACUGAGGAGGAAUAAAGGAGACAAGAUGCAGAAAGUUGGAUUUAUUGGGGUGUUUCUGUUACCCCAGGUAAAAUCGUCAAUGAGUUGCCAUCCUCAUGUUAGUCUUGUAAAAGAGGAAGAGAAGUGCCUAAAAGACCUGCAACUUUUUAAAUCCCUCAAAGCAACAGAAAACAUCAGCGUUUACUGCAACGGAAUGUGGGAUGCCCUAAACUGCUGGCCGCCUGCUUCUCUUGGGGAAACCGUGUCUCAGCCGUGUCCCAAUGUUUUUAGCUCUGCAGGUAAAGUGCAUCGAAACUGCACCGCUGAUGGAUGGACAGAUCUUCUUGUCCCACAUGAAGACGCCUGUGGCUACACGUUCAAUGGGUCAUUUCUUGAAGAGCCCGCAGAUUCCCAUUUAUAUUACUCCUACGUGAAGACCAUGUACACAGCUGGAUACACACUCUCCCUCGUCUCUCUUACCAUCGCCAUCACCAUUUUCAGUCUGUUCAGAAAGCUCCACUGUACCAGGAACCACAUUCACAUUCAGCUGUUUGUCUCCUUCAUCCUGAGAGCCAUCUUCAUCUUCAUCAGAGACAGUCUGCUCUUCACCAACAAAGAGCUCUAUCACUGUGACGACUAUCCGGUGGGGUGUAAAAUCGUGCUGAUGUUUUCCAACUACUCCAUCCUCGCCAACUACAGCUGGCUGCUGGUGGAGGGUCACUUCCUCUUCAUCCUGGUGAGCCGCUCCUUCUUCUCCCUGAAGAAACACCUCGCCUGGUACAUCCUCYUAAGCUGGGGCUGUCCACUUAUUGUUAUCAUCUCCUGGGGUUGCGCUAAGUAUUUUUAUGAAGAUGAAGGCUGUUGGGAAACCAGGAGACACAAAUGGAUUUGGUGGAUACUUCGAGUGCCAGUUCUUCUAACUAUAUGUGUCAAUCUAAUCUUUUUCUUGGGAAUUUUGAGGAUAUUGGUGGACAAACUCAGAAUGCCAGAUGCACAGAGGAAUGAAUUCAGCCAGUACAAGAGGCUGAUCAAAUCCACCUUCUUCCUGGUGGCCCUGUUCGGUCUGCACUACAUUCUGUUCGUUUUCCUGCCUGUGGAGUUCAGCAGCUCCGUGUUUAAGAUCUGGAUGUUUGCAGAGCUGGCUCUGUCGUCCACACAGGGUUUCGUGGUGGCGGUCCUCUACUGCUUCAUGAACGGAGAGGUGCAGCAGGAGCUGAAGAGGAGGUGGAGGMGAUGGAGACUCAUUCAACACCUGCCCAGUCGGCGCCGGCAGCAUCGCGGCUCGUUCAGCAACAGCGGCUCUCCUCACACCCAGGUGUCCCUGCUGCCCUGCUCUCCGGGCAGCCUCGUGACCAGAGGACUCCCCGUGGACACCCUGGAGCUGUGAUCGAACAGUCGCUAACAUUUCCCUGACAGAUGGGUGAACGUGCAGGCAGAAACGUGUACAUUUAUGAACUUAAUUUGAUUUAUCUUGAAAUUGUAUCUGAGUAAAAGGUUCUUACGUCAGCCUGAAGACAUUUGAUUUACUGUACAUAUUUACAAAACUAUGUGAAAAUAAAAUAAUUUUACCCUUUUCCA